AUUUUUCACAAUUUCUUGAAGAAACAAUAACCAAGAAAACAGUGUUGUCUUGGUUGAUAAACUUAGGAAUACUUGAAGAAAAUGAAAUCGUCUGCUACAUUCAGCCAGGGUCUCGAAAUAAAAUGGGAGAAGGCAAAGUCAGUAGGGAGGGCAUUUUAUGUAGCUGUUGUUCUUGUCAGAUUACAGUAGGAGAGUUUGAAAUUCAUUCCGGGUUUAAAACAAGAAAGCCCUAUAAGCAUAUAGUUUUAGCAGUGUCACGGCUUUCCUUGUUUGGCUGCCAAAUAGAAGCAUUGGAUUGUAGGGAGGAAGAAGAAAAACGUACAUACAACAACAUACAGCCUGAAGCAACAACUGAUGACAAAAAUGAUGAUGCUUGUAUGAUUUGUGCCGAUGGAGGGGAUUUGAUUUGCUGUGAAAGAUGCCACUCAACAUUUCAUCCCAAUUGCAUUUUCAUGGAGAACAUUCCUCAAGGUGAUUGGCUGUGUCCAUAUUGUGUCUGCAAAUAUUGUGCCAGUGGGAUGAACCUUUUAAAGAAAUGUGCUCAAUACCAUAGCAAGUGUGGAGGAGAAAAUUUGGACCUGAUGAAUUCUCCUACCUCAUUGUUCUGUGGAAGCAGUUGCAGAAAGAUAUAUGAAGGGUUACAGGGUAUGCUUGGAGUUAAAAAUAAUCUCCAAGAUGGCCUUUCAUGGACUCUACUCCAACGGACAGAGCAGCCAUUUGGUUCCUACGAGUACAACAACGUACAAAUCAACUCCAAGAUUGCUCUGGCGUGCUUGAUAAUGAACGAAUGUUUCUUGUCAACCAUAGAUCUCCAUACAAGAGCCAAUAUUACACAAUGUAUUGUCUACAAUCGAGGUACCAACAUAAUUUCUCUCAUUUUCAGGUCCGAUUUGACCCGUAUUAAUUAUAGUGGCUUUUACACUGCUGUCCUGGAAAAGAGUGACGAAAUCAUCUGUGUUGCAUCAAUAAGGUGUUUUUCUCGAUUCUCAUUCAAAGAAAUCUAUAUAGAUAUGUCUAAUUCUAGUAGCAUGUGCAUGUGCUUCUAACAUGCCAUUUCAUUUAUCUGCCGGUUUCCAGGGUACAUGGAGAAAAGCUAGCUGAGAUGCCCUUCAUCGGAACCUGUGGGAAAUACAGUCGUCAAGGGAUGGCUCGCAUCCUGUUAAAUUUUGUUGAAUCUGUAAGCAUAGAUAUUUAACUAAAUUGAACGACUUCAUCACAUCACUGCUCGAGUCUAAUGUGCUAAUCAAUUGAAAUGCUGCUGAUAAUAUACUUGAUAUUCAGGCUCUUCGUGAUAUAGAAGUUGAGAAGCUGGUGAUUCCAUCAGUCGAUCAACUUGUUGAUAUGUGGAUUAGGAAGUAUUUCUUCGCCCGCAUCGAGGAGGUGCGGUUGAGGAAGGAGCUGUGCCAGUACAAUACGGUGAUGUUCCCCAGUGCAGUAGUAAAACUACAUAAAAACUUGGCGAUGCUUCCUGACUUGAACAUUGGUCCUUCAGCAACCGAUGGGAUUUUCUAAAUCAGAACCACAAUGCUUGUUUCAACAUAGUUUCUAGGAGGAAGAGGAUUAUCUUGCUCGUUGACAACUUGGAAAAUAAUUUAUCAAGGUUGAAAAUCUUUCACAGUCAUGUCAUAGACAGGAUUUUGUUGGUUUGAAAUUGUAGCCUUUUCCCCCUUUAUUUCUUUGUGGAUUUCUGUCAUGUUUUAUGAAUAAAUCGAAUUGUUUUAUUUUUUUUUCUCUCUUUAUCCGAAUUUAAUCAUGUCUGUUUUUGAUUAGUCAAAUUUUUUUAUAUAAAAGGGCUUAUAAACAAAUUCAAGUUAAAGCAAGAAAGUGUCAAAGAAAGAGACAGACUGAAGAGACAAAAUCUUGAAAGUUGAAAAAUAAUUCCAACUUAAUAUAUGGAAAUAAUUAAGUCAGUGCUUUAAAAUAAUAAAAAAAUCAAAAAAAGAUUAAUAGUUACUAAUUUAAAUGACCCCCAUCAAACCUGCCAAGGGAAGGAAAAAGGCUAACAGAAAGAAUGAAUAAGCAUGCGAUUAGUAAACAUAGACAGUGAAGAAGGAACAAACAUAUACAACAAUAUCAAUAACAAUAACAACAAACUAAGUUUCAUAUCUUAUAA